CACUUUCAAGCGACGGUUACUGCUUUGUUCCGGACACGGCAACAACCUCGGUCACACCCACAUCGUAAGAUAGUUUAGGAUUUAAUAUUUUAUUUGUAUGCUAUUUAUUUGCAGAUUAUGGCAAAGUCAAAAGACUUAAAAGUGUUUUUGGAGUCGUCUCUGAACGAGAUUUUUAAAGCCACAGUAAGUGACAUAUUGGAGUCAGUGGACCAAACGUUGUCUGAGUACAAGGGCAAAAUACAAAGAAUUGAAAGUGAGAAUGAGGAUCUUAAACGAAGGCUGCACGAACAAGACAAUAAGGAUUCGAUCGUAACGGACCCUGAAAGUAACCAGGACGUCGUUCACCUCCCAGACUUAUCAAGGAAGACAUGUUCCAGCCGUUCAUCUGUCAGCCAAUCCCAUAAGCCAAUCAAAACACAGGGUGAUGAGAGGAGGAGCUCCAGGAGACAGCACAAGGGCAAGAUACCUCAGAGUAGAGGGUCUGUCUCCAUUAUGGAUCCAGCAGCUCAGCAGGAACCAGAAUGCCUCAAAAACAUCCCAGACACUGCGGUUUCCACCCUAAUUUUCAAGAACAUAAAGACAGAACCUGAUCUGGAGGAUGACGACUAUGCUAUAGACCUCUCAAAACCACCAUCUCCUCUCAACCUGGCAUCUAAGCAAAUUAAGAUGGAGAGUGCUGAGUUGAGCUAUAUCAUUCCUGAAGAGUAUGAUGAACAUUUUCAGUCACCACUGGACACAGAUGUGGACUCUAGAGACAGCGACAGUGAUGUCAAAGUCACCAUAGUGUCUGACAUUCACAUGGAGAUGGGAGACGAUGAGGGUGGCCAUUUUGUUGAAUCGGAGGGAAGGCUGUGUCACAAUGAUACUGGAGAGUCUGAGCCAGAAGAAGAUCCUUUCUUGGCAUACUACCCUGACACAGGAACUGACCCUGCUGGGACGACAAGUGAGGACAUUUUACCAACUCUGAACUCUCACGCUAUAGAACCCUCUAAAAACACACAAGGCGUCUACAACUGCACCCAGUGUGAGAAGACAUUUAGUCGAGUGAGCUCCCUCAACAUUCACAUGAGGAAUCAUAGUGGCGAGAAGGCCCACUGCUGCAACUACUGCGGCAAACGCUUUGGCCGGGCAGACCUGCUCAAGUCCCACAAGCGCACUCACACAGGAGAGAGACCGUUCAGCUGCAACCUCUGUGGGAAGAACUACAGUCACCCGGGCCAGCUCAGAAUACACAAGCGUGUUCAUACGGGAGAGAGACCGUACUGCUGCCCACAUUGUGGGAAGCGCUUCAGUGAACACAACCAGCUUAAAGUCCACUUACGAACUCACACAGGAGAGAGGCCAUACAGUUGCAGUGUCUGCGCCAAAACAUUUAGCAACGCAGGUAACCUGAGAAUACAUCAGAGAAUACACACGGGGGAAAAGCCUUACUGCUGUGUACAGUGUGGCAAGAGGUUCAAUGGUAUGGGGGACCUCAAAACACAUUACAGGAUUCAUACAGGGGAGAGGCCGUACCACUGUGACCUGUGUGAGAAGACCUUCAGCCAGGCAGGCCACCUCACCAUACACAAGCGGAUGCACACGGGAGAGAAACCAUACACAUGUUCAGAGUGUGGUAAAAGCUUCAGCGUGGCGAGCAGCCUCAAGCUGCACCUGAGGACUCAUACAGGGGAGAAACUCUUCAGCUGCUCUUACUGUGGGAAGAGCUUCAGUAGGUCUGGCCAUCUGAAGAGACACGAACAGGUCCACACCAAGGAGAAGGUCUACCCCUGUGACCAGUGUGGGAAGACUUACACCGACCAGUCAUCCCUCAAAAAGCACCAGAAGACUCAUGGAGAUGAGGAGAUGAGGACUGAGGAGAUUGAGGGCAGUACCAGUGGGACUGAUGUUCCCCAUAACCUGGAAAUAAAGAUUGAGGACUAAGACUGUCAUAUUACUGUAUGUGGUACAUUGCAAUAUAUAUGGAUAUUUAAUAUUGAUGUAUCAGUACAGUGUUGGAGAAACACUGUAUGCUGAAUUUCAUGAGAACUCAAGUUUAGAUUUGUCCCAAGUAGUAGGACAGCAAACUGCUUUUAGUGGAUGUAGCCCAAGAGCUAGUCUUUGCCAGUAUUAAACUAUGGUAAUAAUUGUAAUUUGUGGUAUUCUUUCUAUGUAUAUAGUGGUAAUGUUGUUUACUAACACUGUACAUAGCUUUUAAGUCAUAUUCUCUAAGAAAAUUUAGAUUUUCUUCAAAAGAAUGUCAUGCAUUUUAGUGUAAAUAAUGAAAUUCACCCAAAUUGGUUGCAAUGGCCUUUACAAGCUAGAUCAUUUAAUCUAUGAACAUGCCAUUCAUUUUCACAAUUAAUAGUUUUAAACAAAUCAACACGUUACACUAGAAUAUUGCAUUCUUUUGGUAAGAAUGAUGCCAAACUUUGAAAACUAUUUAUUAUUCAAAGUGUAAUUAAAGGAAUAAUCCACCCAAAACCACGCAUUCUUUUAAUUUACCGUGUUAAAUAACACUAUGUGAACAAUAUUUUUUAUGAACAAAUGUUUCAUUUUGAUAUUAUAAGGUUGGUAGCAACACGAAAUCCGCAAUGCUCUCUCUAUUGGCGAUUUAGCAAACGUAGCUACACAGUAAUACCGAAGACAAUAUCAGCAUGUAAAGUGGGUAGUUAGCUGUAAAAUCGCCUGAACAAAUUGUAGGAGUCUACAAUCUCAACAUGUUCAACCUGCAGAUUGAUGUGGAGUCUAACAUUCGCAACUGCAUAUCUACUUUUGUGGAGAUGGGAAACUUACUAUACUAUGUCAAUGGGCCGCGCGGGGCAUUUUGGGUGAUUCUGGGACAAGGAGCACACAGGUAUUUCACCCAAUAAAUAUGGGAGUUUAUCAAAAUUGUAUUUGUUUUUUUAGAAUUCUUU